GCACGUACAAGUCUACAACCCUGAACAUUUCGAAUUUCGCACUUCAGCUUGCCCUUUUUAUUUUUCUUCAUUUUUCAAAAAGGUGCUCCCUGGAAAAUCUUCUGAUCUCUUCUUUCUCGUGCUUGAGUUUGAGAACAAUUUUCUCUCUCAACCACUUUUUCUGCUUUUGCAAAAAUCAAACUCGACCCUUCUUCCCCAGCCUCUGAAGCUGCCAAACCAGACCAUAUCAACCAUUUGGCUCUGAGCCUUUCAGAAAAUAUCAAGCCGCAUUUAUUCCCCAAGACCAUCACACCUACAGGCCGGCCCCAUCAUGGCAUCAUCCAACCCGCCUCCUGUCCAGCGCUGGGUCCGCUUCAUCACUGGCCUCGACAAUGAACUGAACCCCAACAAUGAACUGAUUGUGGAGAUGUGCACCAAUCACGAGGACGAAGAUCUUUACCAAAAACUGAUCAGUGUGAUGAGGCUUUAUAAGGAGUUCAACAAUGGGAACCACGCUUCUCUUCUCCGCGUCAGGAAUCCAUCCGGAUUCUCGCAAUUCUGGAUCACCACUGAGGACCAUCUGUACAUUCUCGCUAAGUUUGAUCGCGAGACUGGGUUCAGUGGUACCUAUGAGCCGAUUACCACCACGGUUCCCGCUUGGCGCGUGCCCGAAGAUCCCUCCAAGAUACCCGAAUUCAAAACAGUUCAUGUUCGCCGGCCGCGCAACAUGUUCAUUAUCUACCGGCAGUGGAUGUCCGGUAGGAUCCGUGCCGCAAACCCGGGCAUGACGGCGGGUAAGAUCUCGCGUGUUGUGGCACAGCUGUGGCGGGCUGAGAAGCCCGAGGUCAAGAGCCAUUUCAAAGCUUUGGCCAAAACCGAGGAGCGCAACCACAAGUUAAUGUACCCAGGCCAUGAGCUUGCUGGUGCCCGCAACCCCCGGCGUGCACUUGUGCUGGCGGAUCAGCUUGAAGACCCAAUGACGAUUGCUGAAACUCUCAUCGCGGCCGGUCAUUGACCUUGUCUAUGAGACGCAAAGACUAAUAACGAUAUUUUUUCCAUGCGUGGAUAGAAGGGAAUGGGGUCUGUUGACGUGGAGAACGCGAGACCUUGUUCUGGAUCUUCAAUCUAUGGGGACCAAAACCUCCCUGUUCCUCCCCUUGCUCCUCCUUGUACUCCCCGCCACGGACCAGUCUUUCAACGCAAUGUGUCAAUUCCAUGAUCUCCUACAGGUCUCAACCCUAUCCAACCCCGCAACUUUAGCUGCCUUAGAGCAAGCCCUCUAUAGCUCGAUGCGGAAACAUGUUAGAACCUUAGGCUGUUUUCUCUCGAGUGGGAUCGCUUGAAUUUUAGUUGCGGGUUGGGC